AUGAACGCGACCGCUGCGUUAAAUGCCAUUCCGGUUUCUAAUCCGCCGCACCCGCCUUCUCUGACGCGCGUCCGUGCAGGGCGCGUGAGGUCGUUGGUGGCGGAAGCAGCGGCGGGCGAUUCACGGCGAGAGGCGUCGCGCGACGACGACAGCAGCGCGGACACAAGCGGUCGCCGUGCCUUCCUCGCCCUUUCCACCGCCUCCGCUGCCGCCUUGCUGAGUUCCCCGAUUCCAGCACAUGCUGUCUCCACCAGCCGCCGUGCCAAUCAAGGGGCGCGCAUCCCAGAGGAGGAGUACACAACUCUUCCGUCAGGGCUCAAGAUCUAUGACAUCAAAGUCGGCUCAGGGCCCUUGGCGAAGCUGGGAGACCGAGUCACGGUGCACUACGUGGUGCAGUGGAAGGGCAUCACGUUCAUGACGAGCCGGCAGGGAAUGGGUGUGACAGGCGGCACGCCGUACGGCUUUGACCUGGGCUCCAGCAGCCUCGGCAUGGUGCUCAAGGGGCUCGACCAGGGCGUUGAGGGCAUGCGCGCUGGCGGCGUGCGUCAAAUGAUAGUGCCUCCGGAGCUGGCAUAUGGCAACCGAGGCAUUCAGGAGAUCCCACCCAAUGCCACACUCCAGAUGAAUGUGGAGCUCCUGGCAGUGAAGCAAAAUGCCUAUGGCACACCCGUCAAGCUUAUCGAGGAACAGGCUCGACACGAAGCGCCUGCUGCUGAAAAUGGACUCGAGAGACUCGAGCCUGGAACGAAUGGACUCACAGGCAGGGCGGGCAAUGUCUUGGGCUCCUCCGCUUCCGACUCCGACCUGACCCGAAGCAAAGAGCAAGCCGAACAAUUUCAAACCAAACCAAGACCGUUACCAGGGAGUGACAAGAUCUCCCGUGCCUCCGAGUCCCCGGGUGCGGUGACAGGCAGCAUGCUGCUCCCUGCGAUCCCCGCGUCCUUCCCGCUGUGCGACGCGGUGAGCGACGACUACAUCCCGUGCCUGGACAACACGCGAGCGAUCAAGAAGCUGCGCACCACCAAGCAGUACCAGCACCGCGAGCGCCAUUGCCCCAACCCCCAGGAAAUGCCGCGCUGCGUCGUGCCCAUGCCCGAGGGCUACAAGCCGCACGUCCCCUGGCCAGAGAGCCGCGACGAGAUCUGGUUCAACAACGUGCCGCGCACGUCCCUGGCGAACUACAAGGCGGACCAGAACUGGCUCAAAGUGGAGUCGGACCGCUUCAUCUUCCCCGGCGGCGGCACGCAGUUCAAAUACGGCGCCGCCAAGUACAUCGCGUGGCUGGAGCAGGUCCUCCCGGAGCUCGCGUGGGGGCGCCGCGUGCAGGUCGCGCUCGACAUGGGCUGCGGCGUCGCGAGCUUCGGCGCGUAUCUGGACGCGAUGAGCGUUAAGGUGCUGUCCGUGGCGCCCAAGGACGAGCACGAGGCGCAGGUACAAUUCGCGCUGGAGCGCGGAGUCCCCGCGCUGGUCGGCGUGAUGGGCACGCUGCGUCAGCCGUUCCCCGCGAAUUCCUUCGACGCCGUACACUGCGCGCGGUGCCGCGUGCCGUGGCACGCGAACGGCGGGAUGCUGCUGCUGGAGCUGAACCGACUUAUCCGCCCGGGGGGCUAUUUCAUUUGGUCCGCGACUCCCGUGUGCCUUGAGUGUAAGGCGUUCGAGCCGGAUGAUCGCGAGGUGUGGGCUGCCAUGGAGGAGCUUACAACGCGUAUGUGCUGGACGCUGCGCGCCAAGCGCGUGAACAUGACGUUCGGGAUUGGAGUGGCGGUUUGGCAGAAGCCCACUGACAACCGGUGCUACCGCCACCGCCCUAAUAACUCGUCGCUUGCGCCGCUGUGCUCAAUCGCGGAUGAGCCCGAUGCCGCCUGCAUACCCCAUUCCCCAUGCUUCCCUGCUCAUCAACCUUGUCGACUCUCCCGCUUGCCUGCCCCCUUGCCCCGCCCGCUGCGCUGUCCGCUCAGGUACGUGCCGAUGCAGUCGUGCAUGCACCGCGUGCCUAUGGACCGCGACGCGCAGCACGGCUCGCAGUGGCCCGCGGACGGCGCGGAGCGGCUGACGGCGGAGCCGGUGUGGCUGGACGGCGCGGCGGAAGCACUGGAGACCCGCGCAGUGGUGGAGGCGGAAGAAGUGUGGGGAGCAGCAUUAGCGGCCACGGGCAAGCCGCUGUGGACGCUCAACGUGGUGCCGACAUCGCGGCCGGACACGCUCCCCGUGGUGUUUGAGCGCGGGCUGCUAGGCGUGUACCACGACUGGUGCGAGUCGUUCAGCACGUAUCCGCGCACCUACGACCUGCUACACGCGCACCACCUGCUGAGCCACCUCGACAAGAACCACCGCCGCGGCUGCGACAUAGUGGAUGUGAUGCUGGAGAUGGAUCGAGUGCUGCGGCCCAUGGGGUACGUCAUUAUACGCGAGACCAACGCCACGGCAGCCAUGGUGGAAUCAGUGGCAGCAGCGCUGCACUGGAAGCCGCUUGACAGUUACAAGCGCAACACAGACGACACGGUGCUCGCGUUUCAAAAGACCAUGUGGAGGCCUGUGAUCGAGGCCAGGGAGGAGUAA